UUAUCUGAUGGCGAUGGAGAUGAGCAAGUCCACACCUGCUUCUCGUAAUAGUAAAAAGAUUGUUCUCCCCGACCCUAGCAUUAGAAGCAUCAUGUUGAAGCAUAUAGAAAAAAACGGAGAGCUAAACUUUGAUAAUAUUUUUUCUCAGCGUAUUGGUAAUGGCUAUCUGUUAUUUAAGGAAUUUUGCCAAAUGAGUGAGAAGCCUAUUCCUCAAAUUAUCUUCUAUGAAGAGGUACUUUUAAUAAAAAAAUUUGAAAAACUUGAAACCGAUGAGGAGCGUUGUAGACUUGGGCGAGAAAUCUAUGACCAAUUUAUUAUGAAGGAGCUUUUAUCUCACACUCAUUCUUUCUCAAAACUGACUAUUGACCAUGUCCAGGAACUUUUGACCCUUUCUCAAAGAAUUAGACGACUACCAAAUGAUACGUUCAGUCCAUACGUUGAAGAAAUAUUGGAUUCACUUCGUGGUGAGAUAUUUGAUUCAUUUGUGAGAAGGUAUGCGAAUACUUUUAAUCCUUGCCAUAGUCUCAAAUUCACUCGGUUUUGCCAAUGGAAAAAUCUUGAACUCAACAUAAAUCUCACCACUAAUGACUUUGGAGUACAUAGAAUCAUUGGUCGUGGAGGAUUUGGUGAAGUUUAUGGAUGUCGAAAGGCUGAUACCGGCAAGAUGUAUGCAAUGAAGUGCCUUGAUAAAAAGAGGAUCAAAAUGAAGGGCGGUGAGACUCUUGCCCUCAAUGAAAGGAUAAUGCUUUCUCUUGUUAGUACUGGGUUUCGUACCUAG